AUGGCAUCCAAAGGCGAGCAAAGGGAACGGAAAAAAGAGGAGGAAAGAUCCAGAAAAGACUUAUGUACAUCUCCUGUAAGGAUUGUUGAAAUGUCGUGCGGGUUACGCAAACCUCAGAAGAAGAAUUGUAUUGUUUUUACGCUGCUACUUGUACGCGACGAUCUAAUAUCGAAAGUCCCAGAAGAACCAGUAGAACGCGUGAACAUCUUCAGAUUUUCGUUUACUUUUCUCUCUCAUUUUACAUAUGGCACAAUGUUGCUGCUGCGUUUGCAAGGCAACUAUCUCUUCGAAGAUGUAUUGGCAUUCAGUGCAACCUUAUGCCGCAUCUCGUUUGAAGACAAAGAGACUGACACAGCUGGGAAGAGGAAACGCCGUAAGACACUGGAGAAUUUGGAGAAGGCAAGAAACGGACUAUUAAGUCUCGACCCAUUGGUACGUGAGGAAAACAGGAUAAUCCCUCCACUGGAUUUGAAGGCUCACACAUUGCGAGAAGAGUUAGAACUUCCCGAAAGGGACGAUUUUCAAGAGGAAUUUGGUGCACAUCUCCCCUCUGCACCUGCCGAAAUGGAGACGCUUUUUGAUCUCUUUAACGCCGUUCCACCCGAGGAAUCUGCUCCGGGCGAGCAGGCGAGUGCUGCGAGAGACGGCAGCCCUGUCGUACCGGAAGGACAAACUAUCACUGCUGCUCCUGAAGUAAAUGGCGAGAAUGUUGCUGGCGGCGAGAAUGUUGCUGGCGCCGAGAAUGUUGCCGGUGCCCAAAAUGUUGUCGCAGAGGAGAAUGUUCCGGAUGAAAAUGCAGCUAUUGUGCAACAAGAUGCACUUCAAGCACAGCAGGAUCGCGGGGAAGCACAAAUAUUGGAUGAAAGUGAUGAAAACAGGCAAAUUAUACAACCACUAGUUCAGGAAAGGGACGAAAGUAUUCAGGAACAGAUGCCGCCACCAAGGAAAAGAAGACGUCGCGAACGUGCACGCAAAAUUGACGAAGUGACAUCUUUUACUGAAGAGGAGGUCCAAGCCUGGGCAAACGAUUUCGAAGCACUGUUGAAGAAACGUCGCCAGCGGAAAAAGAAAACUGGGCCCAUUCCUGAUGAACUUGCCACUCCUCUCAUGAUGGCGCCGGGCUCUAUGCUUUCAAAAUUGCAAAAAGCUGCGCAGAAAAUCAACGGAAGAAUCGACGAGAGCACAGAAGCUGAACCAGUGCAACCUCCAACACCAACACGGCGUCCGCUUCAACCCGUUCAAGAUGCGCUGAGAUCGCCAGCAGCAGGUGUUGGGACACCGAUUGGCCGAUCAAGCAGCGAGGAACGAAUUGAGCAAUCUGCGGAGGCAUCAUCGCGCCUUCGAACUGAAACAUUCGACCAAAGUACUCUAACGGAACAACUAGCCAAAACUGCAGGAAGUGACUUAUUCUCGGGUUCUCACAAACUGUGGGCGCAAGAGGUUGAGAAAAUUCGUUUCUCGAGCAUAUUUGCCAAACAACUUGAUGAAGUCGCAGAUCUUGAUUAUUCGUAUAACUGCGUAGAAAAACUUUUUGGUGAGCAACCAGAGCAGCUUACAUCAGGCAGUCCGAAAGCUUCAAGACACGAUGGGUGGCUCGGCAGAUCAGCUGGUCCAAAAGCAUCAAGACACGAUAGAUGGCACCCGUUGCCCCAGUCUAUUCAAUUAGCUGGAGCAGGCGAACGUCCAGCCGAAGUGUCACAAAGCACACAUGAUGUGUCAAGCGAUCGCUCCGUUCAAGUAUAUGCUUGCAAGCAGAAUCAGGAACAACUUUAUCAGUAUUUUUUUUUCGCUACCACUUUUAUCAUCUUAAAAAUAACUCAUGAAGUGCGCGGCUGGAAAAAGACAUAA